UGGGCAAACAGAUCCUGGCGGUGGGCGGUGUGGAUGCCUCGCAGAGCCCCCUCGCCUCUGUUGAGAUCUACCAUGUGGAUGAGGGCAGGUGGGAGAAGGCAGCAGCGCUGGCACAGCCCUCCAUGGGCAUCGCGGCCGUGCAGAGAGAUGGUGCCGUCUAUGUGCUGGGGGGAAUGGGAGCAGAUACCUCUCCGCAGGCGCUGGUUCGCGUCUAUGAGCCAGCGAAGGACCACUGGCAGCCACUGCCCUCCAUGCCCACACCAUGCUAUGGGGCCUCUGCCUUCCUGCAGGGCAACAAGAUCUUCAUCUUGGGGGGCCGGCAGGGCAAGCUGCCCGUCACCGCCUUUGAGGCUUUUGACCUGGAGACAAAGAGCUGGACGCGCUACCCCAGUGUGCCCAGCCGCCGCGCCUUCGCCUCCUGCGCCAUGGCUGACGGCGUCUUCUUCAGCCUAGGGGGGCUGCAGCAGCCAGGGCCACACAACUUCUACUCCCGACCCCAUUUCGUUAACACCGUGGAGAUGUUCGACCCUGCGCAGGGUGCAUGGAGCAAGCCCAGCCGUGCCAUCCGCAUGAGGGAGAAGAGAGCUGACUUCGUUGCUGGCUGUCUGGGAAGAUACGUGGUGGCCAUCGGUGGCCUUGGGAACCAGUCGUGCCCGCUGGACUCAGUGGAAGGGUUCAGCCUCACACGGAAGAGGUGGGAGCUGCUGCCCCCCAUGCCCACUGGUCGCUGCUCCUGCUCCAGCUGCCCAGCCCCUGACCUGCUCUUCGUCAUCGGUGGGGUGGCCCAGGGCCCCAGUGGAGCUGUUGAGGCUCUCUGCCUGCGUGAUGCACCCUGACAAUGGCUCUUCAGCCUGGGGAGCAGCCCCAGCAGAGCAUCAAGUGCCUGAAGACGGGGACAGGGUGUGCAGGACUCCAGGAAGCUGCUGUCCCAUGAUACCAAGUACUGCAGCAGCCAUGGUUUCUUGUGACGCACCAGAAACCCCUCCAGGCUCCCACGGCAGCUGAGCCCAGGAGCAAAUCCUGGUGCCUAGGGAGGGCCAAGGCUGCUGGCAUGGGGAGCCAUGGAGGUAGGUUGCUGGCCAUGCUGCCCCAUCCGGCCCCGUGUCUGUGCCAUGUGUGUAGCAGUGAGUGCUGUGUCGUUGUAGACCCACUCGAUGUCUCAUGUAGCGCAGAGGUGCCCUGUAGCUCAGUGCCUAGGAGGUGAUGUAGCACCUCGAAUAAAUGAAAUGUGAAGUUUUAGCUUACUGCAGUCAUGUUGUCCUGCUGUGGGGGGGACAUGGGUUGCCCCAGCUUGCUUAGUGCUUGCUUGAGCGUUAUAGAUUUUAGCUUCAUGCAAAGUCACACAUUCUAAAGCACAGACAGGCCAGAACAGAUGCAGGCGAGAGAUUCAGUCUUUUAAUGAGAUGACAUUAGAAAAAAUCUCAUGGGCCGGGGUAAAUAUCAAUUGUGAGCACCUGACCUUUCAGCAAGGAUGGCCAGUGUGCUGCUGCUGCAUCAGGCUGUGCACAUACCAGGGCACUGCAUGGAAAAAGUUGGGCAUGGUUCAGAGAAGAGCCACUUGCUGUGUUUUGGGAGGAAUAUCCUGGGAUCCUUGGGCUGACGGUACCUCCGUUGCUUGAAGAAUCCUUGCAUUCACCUCUGGAGUUGCCAUAGAAACACUCCUGUGCUGGAGCCAGCAUCAACAUGGGGCCCCAGACUGGGGAUUGAGGUGUAGCAGCUGGGGGGACUCACCAUCAGCAGGACAAGAUUAGUGACUUGUGCUGUGCUGAGAGGUCUGGGGGCUGGAAAGAGGAAUCCUGUGCUCCAAGCACAGCACAUGCAGGGCUCUGGCACACUGCUGUGAAUAUUGCAGCAAAUUGCACUUUCACAAUGCUCCCCUGAAAUGCCUUGCUGGGACAGGUAUGGUACCCCUCUACAGCCUGCCAGCUCUUUCCAGAAGCCACCGAGGCCCUAAGAACUUCACUCACCACAACUUUUGUCGUGCACAACCCUAACUCACAGAGUUGCACUGGAAACGCAGACCUGAUAAAUGAACUCAUCCCAUGGGAGCAUGGUGCGGACAGAAUAAAUCAGGCACUGAGUCACCAGCAGGCUGACACUCCUCUGCAGCAUUCCCUUCCAAUGUGGCGGGCUGCAGAGUGGGUGCUGGUGCUUGGAACUGCCCUUUCCAAAUGCAAGGCCAUGCCAGCUGCACCUUAUCCCCUUGCUGUUGUGUGUCCCCACUGCGGAGACAUUUCCAACAGCUCUACAGCUCCCCUACAAUCAGCUUGCCUCUUUCAUUAGCACCCAAGUCUCCUGCAUGUGACUGGAGAAUCUGAGGUGCAUCCACUGACUGCAGCACCACUUGACUGUUUCAAUUGAGAAGAAUCUGUGACCUUUCCUAAAAGUCUGGAUUGCUCAUUCUUUUCUCUCUCCACUUUUGGGCACUGGAGCAAGAUCCCAAACAAAUGAGGGGAAGAAAGUGUCCAAGACAAGAGCCAAGAAUGUCUUGGGAUGGAUGGAGAAAUGUUCAGGCAAAAAGGCAAAAUAAAUGUUGACCCUGACGGUGCUUAAGACUGACACAUUAUUCGUUUAAGAGCUCAUGUGAGUUGCUAAUGAAAUGCUAACAAAUUGAAGAAAAACAGUUGAGGGACAUACAAGAUAUAUUGCUGUCUAUCUCCUGGUAUGUUCUUCUAAUUUUUACUAAAUGAAAGGCUUCAAGUGUCUGGCUGGACUCCCUAAUGCUAGAAGCACAGUCUGUUACUCCAGAUAGAAGGAAUUCUACAAGCCAGCACCUGGCAACACUUCUGAUCUCCACAGAGCUGCGUUAUGGAUGAGGGAGACUGGGACUGGAGCUAGCUGUCAAAUCUAUAAUUAAAAAAAUGUGUUUUCUUACAGAAAUUUAUUUCUGUUGUCAGGAGAGAAGGAAUGCAAAAUCUCAUUUAUCAUAUUCCACAAAUUCAGUAGACACUCAAACCAGAAAGCUCCAGCCAUAUCAGAAACACGAAUAGUUCUGCAUAAUAACUUAAAAUAACGCACUGAAUCCUAUAGCUCAUGCACAAAGUGCCAGCAAAUCCUUUCCAAAUAACAGUGCUGUAAUGGGUAGAAGGCUCUGUGGGCUCCUAUGAAUGGAGUUCUAGAUUUUCCAAUAAAAGGAUGGAAAAACACUGUUUGUGAUGUAGGACCACAUUGGACCUCAACACAGAAAUAGCAGCACUGGGCACUGGCCUGCACACCCAAGCUGUACAAAGCACAGCAGCAGACCAAAGCCUUCCUUUACUCAAAUGGCGCCAUAACCAUGGAUAUCCCGGCAGCAGUGCUCUCUGGAGGAAGGCUGCGCUUCCAUUCUUAGGUGGUUGACUAUCAUACUACUGCAGUGGGAGCACAGCCUCUGCUUCAGUCCUAGAAAAGCUUCCUACCACUGAAUCAUCGUGCAGGCAAGAGUUAACAAGUCAUGGAGAUAACUUUGAGCUAUUUAUACAGACAUAGCCUUGUUGUUACGAGCAAAAACAAUGCAGCAGAGCUGCUCCAAAAUGUUUGUGAAGGGUAAAAGUCCAUAAUUCUUUAAGUCAAGCCUUUGGUUCUUCAGGAUUUGUUAAGGAAACAGAGCAUAGUUAUUGUUUUGACACCUCAGAGAGAGCUCCAGGCUGUAUUAAUGCUAAAACUUCUCUCCAGGUAAGAAGGGCUUGAAGGGGAUGUGAUGAACCCCUCUAAUCUAUCUUCAAAUUAAAAGCAGCUUUAUUUCUGCAGCUGUUUGUUGCUUAUGGAGCACCUUCAGAACUUGCAAACAAACAGCUUAACAGGCAUUAAAAUUGCCUUGAGUUAAAGGGAGAAAAAAUAGGCAAGCAAGCGUGCCCAUUUUCCAUUCCUGAAGAUGAGGAGCAUAAAAAUUCCAGAGAAACCAUAUUUGAGAGUCUUUCUGCAGGGCACGUUUAGAUCAUGGGUUAUUUCUGUCAGACUAGCAAGUAAAAUUAAGCCGUUCUGCGUUUCCGAGAGUGCUGUUGACGCUGGAGACUGCACAGCCCUUGGGCACAAAGCGCCCCAGUGUGCUGCAUAGACAGCCAAGGGUCCCCAGGCUCAAGCACCUCCUUCACACAGCGCUGGGGUUGGUCCCGCCUGUGUGGGGACAGCCUGAGAGAACCCAGCUCUGUGCGGAGUCUGCAGGCCCAGCUCCGGC